CUUUAAGUUAGAGAGAGAGAGAGACACAUAUAGUCUUGUGUGUUUUUCUGGGGAAGAGAGAGAGAGAGAGUUGCAGUUUGCUUGAUUUUCUGUGUGGUGAGAAUGGAGAGACACAAGUGUAAGCUCUGUUAUAAGAGAUUCACUAGUGGUAAAGCUUUGGGUGGGCACAUGAGGACUCAUCUUGCCACCUUACCAAUUCCUCCAAAGACACCACCGCCACAACUUGGUGAACGUACUGAGUCAGCUUCAUCCCUGUCUUCUUCAGAAGAAAAAGAAGACAGAGAAAGUGAUGAGAAAAUGUUGGUUUAUGGGUUAAGAGAAAACCCAAAGAAAAGCUUCAGAGUGGUAGAUCCUGAGUUCUGGGAUGCUGGAUCGAUUGUUCAAGACAGAGAAAGUGAGACUGAGUCAGUAAGGAAUCCAACUCGGAGGAGAUCCAAGCGGACUGGGAAAAUGUGUGUUGCAGAAGCCGAGAAUCAAGAACUUAAGAAGCCUAAGUUGGGCAAACCCAGUUCAACUCAGUCAAUGACCGAGUUAGAACCAGUGAGUUCAGUUUCUAAUACUUCCCCAGAAGAAGAUGUUGCUUUGUGUCUCAUGAUGCUGUCAAGAGAUGUUUGGAGUAGUGAGGACUCAGAGGCGAUGAAACUGAGUCAGACUCGAACAUGCAACAAAGUUUCCAGUUCAUUUCAAGCAUUGGGUGGUCACAGAACUAGUCAGAAGAAGAUCAAGAAGUGCUUUGAAGACCAUGAAGGUGAGUCAAAACAACUCAGAAAUGUCCCUUCCAAAAAUAAAAAAGAUCACUCGAUGGACAAGACUCUCACUAUUGUCGGGUCUAAGAAUUUACAUCAAAAAGUUCAUGAAUGUCCAUUCUGUGGCAGAGUGUUUGGGUCAGGGCAAGCCCUUGGUGGGCACAAAAGAUCACACCUUUUAGGUUCAUCAACAACUGCUUCAAACUCUACUAAACUUGGUGACAGUUUGACAGAUCCAAAAACUGCUAAAUUUGGAGUCUGUUUCAUAGAUCUUAACUUGCCAGCUCCAAUGGAGGAUGAAGCCUACAGCCAACAAGAGUUGUCUGUAUGUAGUCUCUGAUAGCUGAAUUAUAUAUCAAUCCCAUCAAACAUUGACACCAUUCUUAGCCAUUUGACAAGUUUGAUAGGUGAACUUUUGUUACUUUUUCUCUACUGUAUUAGAGCUAUGGUAGAUUGUUUGGGCAUUGGACUGAAAUGGGC